AAGACUAGAAAAUGGUGGGGUAAAGAGUCAAACAAGAUAGUUUACAGUUGUUGAAGAAACUGCUAGGUAGGCAGUUUUACCUCAGUAAAGCUGGGAGGAAAGAAAGGAAACUAUUAGACACCAAAUUUAUGAGAUAGUCCAGUUUGAUAAUUCCUUCUUAAGUAUGAAAUCAUGCCUGAGGGAAUCUGGAAAGGAGUGAGAGACAUUAGCCCAUCGGCAUGACCGAAGACGAAUAGAACUAUCCGAGGAUCUGAAACUAGUUACUUCCCAUACUCUGUCUCAGCUCUAUGGCAAGCUCUUCUGUUUGUUCUUUCUUUGUGCAUGAAGAUCACUGUAAGUAUAAAGUGUGGGAAAAGUCCUGAGCUCAUCUCACAUAUUCGUUUUCGGUAUAGUUGACCUCACGUGUUCUCUGAGGCAGUGUGUCCCAGUGGCCCCUUUAAAAUCAAGCUUGAAAGCUGUUUCUAAAUCUUAUAGCUCUAAGGCAAAAAAAAAAAAAAAAAAAAAAAAAAAAAUCCUCAGUGUCUUUUCAGAGGAAUCAGAACUUGUUCUUAUUGGAAAAGGGGUGGAGUUGAAAGGGGUAGACCUAAGAACUUUUCUUUCUGCUUUAACUACCAAGACUGUGAAAAAUAAAAUAACAUCUGGGGCAUUAGGACCCAGUGGAAGUGCCUCAUUCAGACUCUUGGUUAACUUCUCUCAGUGACGUAAACAAGCAGCCCUAGCUCAUUCUCUACCCGCCCCCCCAUUCCUCUCCCUCUUGCUCCUUUUCUCCCCCUUUCUCCUCCCCCUCCCUUUUCCCUCUCAUUUUCUCUUUCCCCCUCUCUUCCCCCUCCCUUUCCCUCUCCCUCUUCUCUCUCUCAGCUCCCUUACAUUAAAGAGAAAAUGCUGCUAUCAGUGACUUCCAGGCCUGGGAUUUCGACUUUUGGCUAUAACAAGAACAACAAGAAGCCCUAUGUGUCAUUGUCUCAGCAGAUGGCACCACCUAGUCCAAGCAACAGUACCCCGAACAGCAGCAGUGGGAGCAAUGGAAAUGACCAGUUGAGCAAAACCAACCUCUAUAUCCGGGGAUUGCAACCAGGCACUACUGACCAGGACCUUGUCAAAUUGUGCCAGUCAUAUGGCAAGAUUGUCUCCACUAAGGCCAUCCUGGACAAGAGCACAAACAAAUGCAAAGGCUAUGGCUUUGUGGACUUCGACAGUCCUUCAGCCGCACAGAAAGCUGUCACGGCACUGAAAGCCAGUGGUGUGCAGGCUCAGAUGGCAAAGCAACAGGAACAGGACCCCACAAAUUUAUACAUAUCAAACCUUCCACUCUCCAUGGAUGAGCAAGAACUAGAGGGGAUGCUGAAGCCUUUUGGCCAGGUUAUCUCCACUCGAAUCCUCCGAGACACCAGUGGGACCAGCAGAGGGGUUGGCUUUGCAAGGAUGGAGUCCACAGAGAAGUGUGAAGCCAUCAUCACCCACUUUAAUGGAAAAUAUAUUAAGACACCUGCUGGAGUCCCAGCCCCAUCUGAUCCCUUGCUUUGCAAAUUUGCUGAUGGUGGUCCAAAGAAACGACAGAACCAAGGGAAAUACAUGCAAAAUGGACGGGCCUGGCCAAGGAAUGGAGAUAUGGGUGGUAUGGCCUUGACCUAUGACCCCACCACAGCUCUUCAGAAUGGGUUUUACCCGGCUCCUUAUAACAUCACCCCCAACAGGAUGCUUGCUCAGUCUGCACUCUCCCCGUACCUUCCAUCUCCUGUGUCUUCCUAUCAGAGAGUAACUCAGACAUCUCCUCUACAAGCACCUAACCCGUCGUGGAUGCAUCACCAGUCAUACCUCAUGCAGCCUUCAGGUUCCGUUCUGCCGCCGGGGAUGGAUCACCCCAUUUCUCUGCAGCCUGCCUCCAUGAUGGGACCUCUUACCCAGCAACUGGGGCACCUCUCGCUCAGCAGCACGGGCACGUACGUGCCGGCGGCCGCCCCGCUGCCAGGAGCUUACAUCGCCCCGUACACCCCCGUGCCUUCCGCCGGUGUUGCAGCCGAGGAGAGCGGCGGCCAGCAGACUCAGGUGCCGGUGGAGGCGCCCUCAGACCACGGGCUCUACUCCUUCCAGUUCAACAAGUAGCAGCGUGGUCUGGAAGCGAACCCGCAUCGUGUCUGAGGUGCACCUGGACGCCUGAAUCAUCGGAGAGGCUGAUGCUCCCGAACUCCAGAGGGCUGACGGGAUACAGACCCGCGGAGGGCCCUGCUAAGGACUAACACUUGGGCAGCGCUUUUCACAGGCCUGCGCCUGGAGAAAAGAAAUCUCUGCACUCCUGCCCUCUGCUUCUUCCUCCAUUCCUGGGGAGGCCUGGGGGAACCGUCACUUUUUCUGUGUGCUGCAUUCAAGGAGAUCAAAAGAACUUUUUUUCUUUCUUUUGCAAAGAAAGUUUUAUAUUUUGUUUUUAACUGCAAUAUACUCUUUCCAUAUCCCAAAGAGA